UCAGAUUGUUUACAUCGGAGUAGUUUGUUUUUGUUUAUAACCAUUGCUAUAAGUUUCAACAAUCGUGCUAAUGGUGAAUAUAUUAAAAUGCAGAGUGAAGAUGAGUGGGGAGACCUGCGUCAAAGGUUUAAAAAAGAAGGGCUAGACUAUGAAAGCCUUAAGGUUGAAGACCGUAUGCUACAAAUAUGGAGGUGGUUAGUCGAUGCUGAGAGCAACUUGCGUAAUUCUAGAAGAAUGCUCGACAAAUUAUACGAACAACAACAUGAAGAAAUAGAGGAAAUGGAAAAUUAUGUGACAAAGGUAAAAAAGUUAGCUGAAAAGAAAGCAGAUGAGUUGGAAGUUGAACACUUAGCAUUGCAGCAAGAAAAGGAAGAGUUACAAAGUUUACUUUCAAAAGAAGAUAUACUCGGCAAUAGCCUUCAGGAAAAGGUCUGCUCAGCAUUAGAAGAAAGAAAAAGAGCAGUAGCUGAAUUAGAGGCCUUAAAAACCUUCAGUCUUUCUUCAAACGGAAACCGUUUUACGACCGAAAAUGAAAUCCUCAGCGAAAUGAUAAAGGUGUCUUCAGAAAAGGAAAGUUUAAAGAGAGAAGUAGCAGAAAUGUACGAUAGAGUUAGCUUGUUGGAAAAAUCAUCUCGCCAGCUUGAAAUUGACAAUGACAGGCUGUCUUUUAAGCUAUCAGAAGCAUUGGCUGAAAUUGAGGAAAGGGAGGCACAACUAGGAUUAAGUGAAAGACGUAAUAUGUGGAUACCUGAUCAAAAAAAUAGGCAAAGUGACAAUUCAAAGGGUUCUCAGGAAGCGUGUGAGGCGGAAAAUAAAGAGGUUCUGGCCAAAGAAACUUUUUCUAAUUCAUUUCAAAGGGAAUUUUCACAAAGUUAUGGAGCCGAUUCAACACCACCAUCUUUACUUAUGAGUGAAUUAGCAAGUCUAGGUUCUCCAAAGAGGUUAUCUAGUUUGUUAGAAGCAUGCAAUGAACUUGCUAGAAUAGAAGAAGUCAAGAAGUUACAGCAUGAAAGUGAAAGUCUUCGUUCACAAUUGACUCUUCUGGGUGAGAAAUACAAUGCCUUAGCUCUUAAACACAUUCAUUAUAAGGCCAAACAUAAAUUUCAGUUGGAUCAACUCAGGGAGCAUUUGACAGCUUGUGAAUGCCGAGCAGAAGGAUUGCAGACACAACUAAGUAUUCAGAGACAAAGGUUACGAGCUGAAGAAAUAUUUAGAAAACAAGUUGAAGCUGAUUAUCGCAGGCUUCAAGAAGAAAAACGAUCCAUCGCUGCUAGAUUAUUGAGUGCAGAAUCUCAACAAAGAGAUGAAAUGCGUGAGUUAGCUAUUGUUCAAAGAAAAAUGGCCUUACUUGACUCAGCAAAUUCAGAAUUAAUAGCUCAAUUAUUAAAAUUAAAAUAUAAACCUAAUUUAACUAAAAGCACAACUUGUGAUAAUAUGUUAUCAUCUUUAUAAAAAAAAUUCAAUAUUUUUUAAAUUGCUGAAUACACAUACUACAUUAAAGGUAAUAGUUUGGGAAUGGAACUGGUAUAACUAAUUUAAAAUUUGAAUGGCUGCAAUGAAAAUCUAUAAUUCUGUUCAAUUUAACUAAAGAGAUAUUAUUUAAAGUCCAUUUGAUUCUUUACUAUUUACUUACAUUAACUAGUAAUAGAACUGAACUGAUUACUGAUUUAUAUAAGCUCAAAUCUGCACACACAUGUACAAGAAUUGAGCCUAUCACUUUUCACAGUCCACUGGUAAAUCCAGCUUUUGUAAUUCACAAUAAACUACCGGCAAGACUUGAGAAUCACCCACCCCAGGUGUUGGCAGUCCAGGGUCAGACCUCGGUCUUAUCCGUCCUGCUGCUGAGGUCGGACUCCAGGGGCUAUCAUCAGCUAGGUCAUUCAAGCCCCCAACACAUUCAGUUCCUAAAUCCAAACCCAUUCACACUCUCACUCUUAAAUACGUUCUUACUUAUUUACAUACCAUUCUCUCAGUUAGGGUGGUGGACAACUCGAUAUUCAUGUCCACUUCUAUAACUAACCCAACUGAGAGUCAAUGGGGUACUUACUACACAUUCAUGCCAAUAAAUAGAUUCACUCUCAAUACAUGCUAGGGAAACAAAACUAUACAAUAAAACAACCCUGUUUCCUUCAAGAAUCGGUACAAGGGUCCCAGAUAUUCACCGUGCUCAAGCACAAUUCUCAUAUUGGGUGGCAUUCUUAUGUGCUCUCUGCAUGGAGCCAAGGAAUUGUACCAUUUACUAGUAAUAUUUUAAUGCUUAAUUUGUUGAAUUUUAAUCUGCAAUCUAAAAACAUUGUGCCAUUUUAUAAGCUUUCUUCAGCUUUACUGUCAGCUCCAUUGCAGGAUUUAAACUUAAUGAUUAAAAAAAGUACUGGAAUGUUUUAUUAACAUAAUUAAACCGCUUGCACAAUCACUUGAUAUUUUCCUAACUACAUUGCAAUGUUUUUUUCUACAUUGUUACAAAUAAAUAUUCAAAUGAUUCAGAAUAAUAAGGUAAUUAUUUUUACUACUUGUUAUAAUGUGUUUUAUAUUAAGAGUGCAAAAUCUACGGAUUUUAAGGUAUAAUAAUACCAGCUUGCCAUAUAAUUAAUCUAUGUUACCAAAUAAUGGUUUUGAUAACUACCUUCUCAUACGUAUUUGAUAAUUCCUUAUGAAAUUUUGGGCAAAUGCAAUAAAAGCGAUAUUUGUAAAAUUGUAUCUGAUGAGAAAUCAUGACAAUUAUAUAAAUAUAUGUAAAAAUUCUGAUACA